AUGGCGGGAAUUAUUGGCGGUAUGGAACCAUUUGAGGAAUCCGUUGAACAAUGGGCAACGUAUAUUGAGCGUUUUGAGAAUUAUAUCCUGGCUAAUGAGAUCAGGGAUGCUAAGAAGAGAGUGACUCUUAAACCUGAUAGCAUACCCAAAUUCUGCCCAACACGUAAUGUGCCCUAUGCUCUGAGAGCCAAAGUAGAGGCUGAACUGACCCGCCUCACUGACCUUGGCGUGAUCUCACCAGUGGAGCAUAGUGACUGGGCCACACCCGUAGUUCCUGUCAACAAGAAGGAUGGCACGGUGAGACUUUGUGGUGAUUUCAAAGUCACCCUCAACCAAGCACUAUGUGUGGACAAGUAUCCUAUUCCACGCAUUGAGGAUCUCUUUGCAUCGCUAGCUGGAGGUCAACGCUUCAGUAAACUGGACUUGUCAAACGCAUACCUACAGAUGGAAGUAGUGGAGGAGUCGAGGAAGCUACUGACUAUUUCCACACAAAAAGGACUUUUCUGCUACAACCGCUUGCCCUUCGGUAUUGCAUCGGCACCAGCGUUGUUCCAGAAGGCUAUGGAUCAAGUGCUCGUUGGAUUGCCAUUCACGCGCUGUUAUCUCGAUGACAUUCUGGUUAGUGGGCCAGAUGAAGAGACCCACCUGAAAGCCCUGGACGACGUUCUCACAAGACUGGAGGAGUAUGGUCUCCAUGUCAAAAAGGAUAAGUGCAUGUUUUUCCAGGAGUCAGUAGAGUAUCUAGGUCAUAUCAUCGAUGCUGCCGGGCUCCACAAGUCGCCAGAGAAGGAACGCGCUGUUGUGGAGGCACCGGCACCCACCAACAUUAGCCAACUACGCUCGCUCCUCGGAAUGAUAAACUACUAUGGACGUUUCAUCCCAGACCUGGCAACCAUCCUGCAACCACUGAACGCACUGCUGCACAAAGGGAAGAAAUGGCAGUGGACUACAGCUUGUGAGGCAGCGUUCCGAAAAGUGAAGGAGCUCAUGGUAUCUCAGAAGGUGCUAACCCACUACAACCCUGAGCUGCCCCUCCGUCUAGCCUGUGACGCUUCACCCUAUGGGGGAGGGGCUGUACUCUCUCACGUCAUGCCUGAUGGUGUAGAGAAACCUAUCGCUUAUGCGUCAAGAACACUCAGCAAAGCAGAGCAGAACUACGCCCAGAUUGAGCGAGAGGCGCUGGGGAUAGUCUUUGGCAUACGUAAGUUUCACCAGUAUCUCUAUGGUAACAAGUUCACUCUACUCACAGACCAUCGCCCGCUGACCUCCAUUCUCAGUCCAGUGAGGAGUACGCCGUCGAUGGCCGCAGCCCGCAUGCAGCGCUCGGCGCUCCUCUUGUCAGCGCAUGAUUACACUAUAGAGUAUCGUAAGGCUUCAGCACAUACUAAUGCAGAUGGACUGUCAAGGUUGCCACUUCCGGACACUCACGAUGACAAGAUAGACACCGACCUCACAAUCCAACAGGGAUGCCUCAUGUGGGGCACACGAGUGGUAGUGCCACCCAAGCUACGGCCCCGGGUGCUCAACGAGCUACAUACAGCACACCCAGGGGUAGUGAGGAUGAAAAGCUUGGCACGGUCGUAUGUCUGGUGGCCAGGUAUUGACUCUCAGAUCGAGCUCCAGGCCAAAUCCUGCCACUCAUGCCAGCGUAAUCAGAAAGAACCGAGUCUUGCCCCUCUACAUCCAUGGAUGUGGCCUUCCAGUCCUUGGAAAAGGAUUCGUCUGGACUUUGCUGGUCCAUUUGAAGGACACAUGUAUCUUGUGGUAGUAGAUGCUCAUUCUAAAUGGCCCGAGGUGCAAAUCAUGGAUAGCACCACAGCAAGCAAGACCAUCACAGUACUGAGGGGCCUUUUCAGUCGCCACGGCCUUCCUCACAUUCUCGUAAGCGACAAUGGACCCCAGUUCUGUUCUGAGGAAUUCGCCACAUUCCUGAAAGCCAAUGGAGAGCACAUUCGCUCAGCGCCGUAUCACCCUGCUACGAACGGCCUGGCCGAGCGCUUUUUACAGACUUUCAAACACGCCCUCAAAUCCUCCAGGGGCGCCGCACCAGUGCAACAGCGGCUCGGCAUAUUCCUGUUGACGUAUCGCAACACCCCGCACGCCACGACAAAGGAACCGCCGUCUAUGCUGUUCACAAGGCGCAUGCUACGCACGCGACCGGACUUUCUCAAACCCAGUGCCUACCGGUAA